AUGAAACAAACAAGUAAAGUUCAAUCAAAAGAUAAUAAAGCAAGUAACAAAGCUUUGGUAAACAAAAAUUUAGUAAUUCAAGAUUACAAAAGUCGAUUAAAAGAUAAUGUUAAAUCUAUAAAUGAUAAUUUUGUUCAAAUUUUAAAUGCAUCUAAGAUAAAUAUCCAAGAUGACUAUUUUAAGAAUCCGUGUAGUAAACUUUGUGAUCACCUAGCACAUCGAAAUGAAAUAGCAACUCGAGCUGCAUUGAUGCUUCGCGCUGCAGAUGAACUUCUUCGUCUUACACAUGAUAUGAAAGAAUUUUUAAUUCUCCGCGAUUUUAGUUUUCUAGCACAUACCGUCAAACAGGCAGAGGAGAAAUGUGAUAAAGAAACGGAACAACUACUAACCCAACAUGAUCAAAGACGUCUGGAUAAUAGUAAUUUAGUCUGUGACAUCGAAAAAGAGAUUUCUGAUCAUUUUCAUAUAAAAUUCUGGUGUGUUAGAAUGGACACUUCACAGCAAUAUACUUUAACUUCUUUUGAAGAUGAAAAGAAAAUUGGAAAGGGACAAUUUUCUGAAGUUUAUAGAGCAAGAAGGAAGAAAGAUGGUUUGUCAGUUGCCUUAAAAAAAAUUCAGAUUCAUGAUAUGAAAGAUGCUAAGACACGUGCUGAUUGUCUUCGAGAAAUUAAACUUCUUCAAGACUUGAAACACCCUAACAUCAUUUGUUAUUAUGCUUCUUUUAUUGAAGAUGACCAAUUGAUAAUUAUUCUUGAACUUGCUGAUGCAGGUGACCUCCGACGAAUGAUACGUCACUUUCGAAGAAAUCAAAGACUUAUUCCUGAACGUACAAUAUGGAAAUAUUUUGUACAGUUGGCAAGAGCAUUAAAUUAUAUGCACUCAAAAAGAAUAAUGCAUAGAGAUAUUAAACCAGCUAAUGUUUUUAUAACAGCAGAUCAGGUUGUCAAACUUGGAGAUCUUGGUUUAGGAAGAUUUUUUUCUGCUAAAACAAAUUUUGCUCAUUCUCUUGUUGGAACACCUUAUUACAUGUCUCCUGAACGAAUCCAGGAAGUUGGAUAUAAUUUUAAAUCUGAUAUAUGGAGUAUUGGAUGUUUGUUAUAUGAAAUGGCAGCAUUACAAUCACCAUUUUAUGGUGAUAAAAUGAAUUUAUUUAGUUUAUGUAAAAAAAUUGAAAAUUGUGAAUAUCCCCCAUUACCGGCAGAUGUUUAUUCUCAACACCUUCGAAUGUUAAUUUCUGCCUGUAUAUGUUUUUCUCCUGAAAAAAGACCUAAUGCACAGGAAGUUUUAGCAGUCUCUGAACAUUUAAAUUCACACUUUAAUUGUGUAAAAGACAGCAACUUAUUGGAUAAAAAUCAAUUAACUUCAACAGGAAAAAAGUAUAUCUCACCAACUUCCUAG